UUCCGCGCUUGCGCAGCAGGGUGCACGUUCGAAGCGAAUUUAAACCAUAACAUUGGGGCGUUAAAUAAAUGUUCUAUGCCGAAGUGGAAUAUAAGUAGUAUAUUAAGGUUAUACGAUAAGAACUGAGUUUAUUUAGACGUUAGAGGUUCAUUGUCAUCAGUAAUUCUCUCAGAUCGUCUGUGUUGUUCCGCGAGGCUUAGCUUGGUGUCGUUAGCAACGAUAAACAGCAACGAGCCGCCUGAGCCCAACUGGACCCGACACAGCAUCCUCCUAGGACCUUACAGAAUCCCUGAUGCCGCUGUUCGGGAAUACUUUCAGUCCCAAGAAGACUCCGCCCCGCAAAUCUGCAUCUCUGUCCAGUCUUCACACGUUGGAUCGAUCAACAAGAGAAAUCGAGCUUGGCCUUGAAUAUGGACCUCCUGCAAUGACCAUAGGAGGCCAGAGCUGGAAGUUUGAAGAUGGACAGUGGAUAACAGAAUCUGGCGGAAAUACUUCUAAUAAGGAAGUGCAGCGGCUUAAGAAAAGAAAUUUGCAGCUGGAGGAAGAAAAUAAUCUCCUAAAAUCAAAGAUCGAAGUUCUGAUGGACAUGCUGACAGAAACUACGGUGGAGUACCAUCUGAUGGAGAAAGAAAUUGAAGAUAUGAAAACUCAACAUCGAAGAAAGAAAUGAUGAUCUAGUCUGGUAUCUGUGUUGUUGAAUGACCUGUUUUUGUUGUUUUAUUUAAAGAAAGUUCUACGGUUAUACGUGUUUUUUUAACUGUUUUUUAAGAAGAAAAGAAGAAAAGUCAAUAAAAUUAAAAUCACGACUCAUUUUUUCCUCACAAUAAGGAAUUCAGCGUUUAACACUGUAUAAGAAGUACUGGAUUCAGCUGCUUCCUGCUUUUGUUCUGCAUCCCAUUCAAUAAAUCACAUUUUCUUUAAUAUGUGAUUAUUUUAUUACAAAGCCUAUUUUUAUACAUCUUACAUGUGAAAUGCAUUUAAAAACAGUUACCAUUCUCUUUUAUAAUGCUCAUGUUCAUGUUUGUUUUCUUUGUAUAAAAUGUGAAUAAAUAAAAAAAGGAUAAA